GAUUUGAUAUACGAAUUGCGGAAUCUUUUAAAACCACGUCAGAAGUUUUGAGCUUAUUUUCUGGAACAAUUAUAAUCGGAUCGUUCUUUUUAGUUAUUUUGGGAUUGUACGUUCUUCUGAUAGAAUGGAUUCAAUCUAUUACAAAAUCUCAUAUCUCUACAAAAAGACUUUCUUGGGAGAUUAAACUAGUCAGAAUUCCAACGUACCUUUCACCUACAUUCUCGAUAUAUGGAAUAAUUGGAAUGUUACGAUUAUAUAAUAACGCUUCAAUUAAUUACGAUAAUUCUAAUGAAGGAAGUACUUGGAUGUUAAUUUCAACCUUGGGAUUCUUGAUAUUAACGUUCAUAUAUAUAUGUUGUGUAACUUAUUUCGCAUUUAUGUAUGGUGAAAAACCUAUCAAAGGACAACUCAAAGCUUUUGUAUUAUAUAUUUCCGGAGCUUUAUUAUCCAUUGAAUUGAUAUAUAGAAUAAUGGUGGAUAUGUCAAAUGCGACCGAUUCGAUAAAUCGUUAUGAAUGGAUUUUUUAUUUAUUUGAGAUGAUACCUGAGGUGACAUUAUUAAUAAUUUUGGGUGGUUUCAUAUUGAACGAAUGGUUUUAUAAAGACGAAGAUCACGUUACUGCAAAGACGGGAUCAUCCUCAACGGUGUAA